ACUUAAAUGUCAACAGUACAUGCAUGGUUUGUUGAACUGUCAACAGGUCAAAUUCAAUGUCAAAUCCAGAGAUGGAGAGGGUCGACUUGAAUCAACCGAUAUGGGACCUGAAUACGUUCAGGGGUAGGCUUCAGUAUUACACCUGGAUUACCAAUCCACUUCUCAGUCUUCAGUCUGAGUCAGCUCUGUUUUCUGCUAGAGAUCUCAUUCAGAAGUACAGGGCUAAAGAAGAACCACGGGGAACCACAGUGACCCAGUUACGACGGGCCCAGCAGCUCUAUCUCUCUGCUUUCCACCCAGACACAGGAGAACUACAGAAUGUGAUUGGGAGGAUGUCAUUCCAGGUCCCAGGGGGCAUGAUCCUGAUAGGAGCCAUGAUUACCUUUUACAGGAGUAAUACAGCAGUGAUUUUCUGGCAGUGGGCCAACCAAUCAUUUAAUGCUCUUGUGAACUACACCAAUAGAAAUGCAGCAGCAGACAUCUCCAAAAAACAGCUGGGAUUUGCGUAUGCAACUGCCACAACUAGUGCUUUGGUUACUGCUUUGGGACUGAAAGCAGUUCUUGCUCGGAGAGCAGCACCAAUGCUUCAGCGCUUUGUACCAUUUGUUGCAGUGUGUGCCGCCAACAUGGUUAAUAUUCCGUUAAUGAGACAAAGUGAACUGAUUGAUGGAGUUGUAGUCACAGAUGAAGACAAUAAUAAUGUAACAAAGUCCAAGUAUGCGUCUGUGAAAGGAAUAAGUCAAGUUGUAUUCUCCAGAAUUGUCAUCUGUGCUCCAAGCAUGGUACUUUUACCCAUUCUGAUGGAGAAGAUGGAGAAGACUGUGUUCAUGUUGCGUUAUGGACGCUUUGUUAAUGCUCCUCUACAGAUCCUAUUAUCUGGGAUGAGUUUGCUGCUGAUGGUCCCGGUGGGUUGUUCCUUAUUCAAUCAGAGAUGUUCCAUCUCAGCAGACAAGUUGAAAAUAUUAGACUCUAAGGCCUACGAAGAAGUCCAGACUAAAUAUGGGGAAAAUAUUCCUCAGAACCUGUAUUUCAAUAAAGGGUUAUAACCACAA